AUGUCAUCGAUGGUUAAUGAAAAUAACAAUAUUCAAAAUCCAGAACUUUUCAUGCAAAGAGCAUUUAAUGCUAGUUCUGAUAAUAUGAUAGUUCCACCACAUCAAGUAAAUACUAAUAAUUCACAUUCGCAUCAAAUCACUAAUAAUAAUAACGUUGAACCAUCCCAACAAUUUAUUAUUAAUAAUGAAAAUUUUUCUCCAUUUAAUUUAUCUUCAACUUUAAAAAAUAUGUCACUUAAUGGUUCAGACACAAAAGAAAUUAAUUCAGAUUUUUUAAAAAAAUCAAAAAAUUCAUAUUCUCUAAAGAUAAGAAAUGUUCCAACUGAUAUUACUUCUCGUGAAUGCCAUAUUUUGUUUAGUUUAGCUAAAGGUAUUAUAAAUGUUGAAUUAAUUGAAGAAAAUAUUGAUAGUAAUAAUUCUUCAAAUAUUAAUUCACCAACUGAUAAUAAUAAAUCAAAUAAUUCAUUAAAUGAAUCACAAACUGGUUUAGUCAUUGUAGCAAAAUUUGAUUCAUUAUCAUUAGUUAAAUUAUAUGCAUCCAUAUUAACUUCAAAGAAUGAUAUUUUUGGUCCAGAUUUUAAAAAAUUUUGCCCCAUUGAAAUUAUUGAUGAUUUAACACAAAAUCAAAUUGGAAUAUCAAAUGUAUUACCAGAUAAUAAUAACAAUAACAAUAAUACAAAUAAUAAUAAUAAUAAUAAUAAUAAUAAUAUUAUGCAACCAAAUUAUCAAUUAAUUAGUUCAACAAAUUACAACAAUAUUCAUCUACCAAGGUUAAGUUCUACUCCAGUAGAAUCAGUGGCAAAUUAUAAAAGCAAUAGUUUAAGUAUACAUUCAUCAUCAACACAAACAAAAUCAAGAUUUUCUUUCUCAGAUCCAUUCACUAAUGAUUUUCCACAACCGAUGAUUGCUCAAACUGGUGUUAAUUCAAAUGGUGGAAAUCAACCGUUCAGUACUAAUGAUCAAAUGAAUGUAUCAAUAAAUGGGAAUCAAUCUCAAAGAGAUUUAUCAUUAAAUGCUCCAGUCCAUACAAGAGAUGCUGGAAAAUCAUUCUUAUUGAUGGAAAAUGACGAUAUCAAUGAAAAUAUUUGGAAUCCAAAUACAAUUGCCUCGAGUAUGAAUGCAUUUCAUGAUAUCGCUGCUCAAAAUGCAAAUGUUGCGUUAGAUUGGACUUUGACUGAUGAACAUAGAGAAAAUAGUAAUAAUAAUAAUAGUGAUCAAAAUACAUCAAUGUUCAUAUCUACCAAUCCAAAUUCCAUGGCUGGCUCCAUGGCAGAUUCUAUGAUUCCAUCUUCCAUGGAUAUAAACUCAAAUGGAAUGCCGAUGAACGAACCAUUGUCACAAUAUAGUUUGAAUUCCAUUCAAUUACUACAGCAACAACAACAAUCUGCACCUCAUCUUUCCCAAGAAAACGCAAACCAAUACAUCCAAGGUAACAACUUCCAAAAUGCCAUGUCUGGACAAUAUGGCAGAGAACCUCAAGGUACUAUACCACAACAGCAGCAGCAAGGGAGACCUUCAAAUCCAAAUAUCUUUAAGAAUAUGCAUAAAUCACAACUUCCUAACGAUGGAACAAAAAUUCAAAAUCCUUCAAAAUAUUCAAAAGGAAACUCAGUGAUAUCAAACCCUAAUAUCAAUUCAAGUACAAAUAGUAUACAAGGAUAUCCUGGUGUAUCCGAAGCAGAUUUGUCUUUAUUGUCUAAAAUACCUCCACCUGCAAAUCCGGCCGAUCAAAAUCCACCAUGUAAUACUUUGUACGUUGGUAAUUUACCACCUGAUGCUACUGAACAAGAAUUACGUGUGUUAUUUGCUGAUCAAGAGGGUUUCAGAAGAUUAUCUUUUAGAAACAAAAAUUUAAAUCAUACACAUGGGAAUGGUCAUAGUCACGGCCACGGUCACGGUCCGAUGUGUUUUGUUGAAUUUGAUGAUGUUAGUUUUGCUACACGGGCAUUAGCUGAACUUUACGGAAGACAACUACCUCGUGUAACCGCAAGCAGUAAGGGAGGUAUAAGAUUGAGUUUUUCCAAGAACCCCUUAGGUGUAAGAGGACCAAACAACAGAAAGAGUACUGGUUCGAAUACUGGUAACAAUGUUAGUUCGACUGCUACAACUUCAAAUAAUUCGACUGUAAGUUUUAAUUACAUGCAAAACUAUCCCAAAUGA